CGGCCGGAGCGAGGCCGCGCGGCAGCGGCACCGGCACCCGCGGGCAGCCCCGGCACCCCGCACCGCGCCCCCUCUGCCGGCCUCACCCGUGAGCGGAGCGGGGCGAGUCCCAGCGGCCUGCGAGGCGCCGCGCGGCCCGGCCCGGCCUUGUCUCGGCGCGCCCUGAGGGCCGGGCCCGGCGGGCGCCUGAGGCGGCGCGGCCCGAGGAGAGGCUGCAGGGGCGGACGCGGUUAGCCAGGGGGGCUGCCCUGAGUGCCUGGGGCCAUGGCCAUGCAGAUGCAGUUCGAGGCCAACACGGACACGUCGGCAGAGGAAGAGAGCUUUGGGCCACAGCUCAUAUCUAGGUUAGAGCAAUGUGGGAUAAAUGCAAAUGAUGUGAAGAAGCUGGAAGAAGCUGGAUUUCACACGGUUGAGGCUGUGGCUUAUGCACCGAAAAAGGAGCUGCUAAAUAUUAAAGGCAUCAGUGAAGCCAAGGCUGACAAGAUCUUGGCUGAAGCAGCUAAACUGGUUCCCAUGGGCUUCACCACAGCAACGGAGUUCCACCAGCGCAGGUCAGAGAUCAUCCAGAUCACCACUGGCUCCAAGGAACUCGAUAAGCUUCUUCAGGGAGGAAUAGAAACAGGGUCCAUAACGGAGUUGUUCGGGGAGUUCCGUACUGGGAAAACACAGCUGUGCCAUACCCUGGCUGUAACCUGUCAACUGCCCAUCGACCGAGGUGGUGGGGAAGGAAAAGCCAUGUACAUUGACACAGAGGGCACCUUCCGGCCAGAACGUCUCCUCGCCGUGGCUGAAAGGUAUGGCCUGUCUGGCAGUGACGUGCUGGAUAACGUGGCCUACGCUCGGGGUUUCAACACGGACCACCAGACCCAGCUGCUGUACCAGGCGUCUGCCAUGAUGGCCGAGUCCCGGUACGCGCUGCUGAUCGUGGACAGUGCCACAGCCCUGUACCGCACCGACUACUCGGGCAGGGGCGAGCUCUCAGCCAGGCAGAUGCAUCUGGCCAGGUUCCUGAGGAUGCUGCUUCGGCUGGCUGAUGAGUUUGGCGUGGCAGUUGUGAUCACUAACCAGGUGGUGGCACAGGUAGAUGGAGCUGCCAUGUUUGCUGCAGAUCCCAAGAAGCCUAUUGGAGGAAACAUCAUAGCCCACGCUUCCACCACGAGACUGUACCUGCGCAAAGGCCGAGGGGAAACCAGGAUCUGUAAGAUUUAUGACUCUCCCUGUCUCCCUGAGGCUGAAGCAAUGUUUGCUAUUAAUGCUGAUGGGGUGGGAGAUGCCAAAGACUGAAGACCCCGUUUCCUUGCCCCUGUACCCCAAGACUCAGUGUCCCAAAAAGGCUCCUUUCUCUGGCACCUUCCGGCUGCUUCCCCCGGGUGCCGCCACGUGCUGGCCGAGGAACCUCUUGUGUUUCAGUGAGUCCACAGGUGAUGAGACUCCGAGACCCCUCUGGAGGUGGUUCCUGGGAGAGCCCUCACCCUCCAGGGCCUCAGGCAGGGGUUGGGUCAGCGUGGGUCCUGCUCUCAGGGAUCAAUUGGAUGUGCCUGUGGACGUGGCACAGGGAAAUGGAAGAGCAUGUGGCCAUAGUUCCUAACUUGGUGCAUUUGAUGUAGUAUGAAGGGGUCUGUCAGGCAAGAAAAGGGGUGACUUCAAUGCUUACUGGAUUGCUUUACCCAUAGAACAGAGCAGAAUGCUGAUCCACAGCGAGAAGCUGAGGAUACUGCCAGGAUUAUUUAUGUUGGAGGGGGUUGGAUGCUGCAAGGGCUGGGGCUGGGGAGCUGUUCAUUUACAUUUCAGUUACCUUUUCCUUCUGUAUUUCAUUAAUUCUCUCUGGAAAGCUGCUUUUAAUACAAGAGACCUUGCAAAUCCUGCCAGCGUUGCAGGUUGCUGGGACUCAGGCAGGUGGUCAUUCAGACAGAGGCAGUUUUUAGUUGCAGGUAGGGAGAAGCAAAGCUCAGGGCUGCGUUUGGGGGUUUCUUUCCUCCUGCAUCUUCUCUUUGAUGUGGGGAGGGUGGUGCCACUGUGCUCCAAGUGCCCUGGAGGUGCCUUUUAAGAGUUUUUGAGGUUAAAGAGGUUCUUUUGUAUUAUGCCAUAUGCUGUGCUCCUGUGACCUCCUCUCUCACCCUGAUUAAAGAUUGAUGUCAGACUGGUGCUGGGCAGCAAAA